AUGCAUGCACUAAAACUUCUGCAGUAUCCAGCACUCCUGCAGCUUCCAUCUCACUCCUGCAGCCUCCAGCAGCAUCCGGCUCACCCCUGCAGCAUCCGGCUCACUCCUGCAGCUUCCGGCUCACUCCUGAUGUUUCCAGAUUCUGCCCUUUUCUUUUAUUCCCUUCACCGUCCGCCUACGUUGAUCGUUUCUUGCUUCCACAUCAGGGCCAAGUGUCGACGACACCUUCUCGGCUCAGUCUGGAAUAGGAAGGCGAUAAAAGUGCCAUUCGCCAUCGCUGGGACACCUGCAGACAAGGUCGUCACACGCGCCUCUUCCUCAUACGCGCCACAAGCAGAUGAAGUGGCCAUGAUUGGCCACACACAAGGCUACACCUUUUCUUUCAGUCUUUCUGUCUUUCUUUAUUUCUUUCUUUCAACACUGAUGUACCCUUUUUUCUUUUCUUUCUUUCUUUCUUUUUUCAACACUCAAUUUGCCUUUCCUUCCUUCUUUCUUUCUUUCUUUCUUUUAAUAUUCAUGUCCCCUUUCUUUUUUAUUUCAUUUGUCACUUCACACGUAUUUUUUUACCCACAUUUUCAUUCUUAUAUCUUUUUGCUUCUUUUUUUCCUCGUUUACUUUCAGCUAAAUAUCUCGUCUCUUUCCCUUCUCGAAAUAUUACCCUUCUUUUUUUUAACUUCCUCCCUCGUCUUAAUUUUCUUUUUGCCUCUUUUUUCGUUUGAAAAGCUCUCAUCUUCUUUAAUAGCAUUUCGUUUCACUUCUUUUGGUUACCUCCGUGCUUUCUUUCAUCUUUUUGUUUUCUUCUUUUUUUCUCGUCUUUCUCUUGCGAAUCGCUUCUUGAACCACGAGUUUCUUAUUUACACCUUAACCUUAAAUUCACCUUGCCUCCAUUCGCUAUCUAGAACGGCUCCUUCGUGA